AUAUGUAGAUACACUUGGUAAACUAACUAAUAUAUUUAGAUUAACUUAACAAAAAAAAUCUUAUCAAAAAGCAAUCAUUUUUAUAGGCUUUGUUAUUUCGGCAGUGUUGGCUGACUUAGUGCCGUACAUGUACAUUCCUGUAGUAUUGGCUGAUCUGGUGUUGUACUUCUUUAAAUUUGUAUUAUAAGUAAUAGCUUUUUCGAGGUAUUGACGUGCAAAAAACAUUUUUGUUUUGUUUUUUUUAUUCCUGUGAGAACAUUUUGUAAAAAAUCACCCGAAUGGAUGUGGUUUAUUUGCAGACGGUCGAGUCAAGUACACGUUCUAAGCUCGUAAAAUUAAUGCAAGAUAUACUAAAUUGUGAUGAUUUGUCUUUUAUAAAUUUUCAUCAACAUUCUUUAACUGAAACGUUGGAAAAAAUUCUGGAUUGUUUUAAAACAUCAUUCGUUUCCGACAUACAAAUGCAGCAAUUAGGUAUUUGUUCGUUGACUGUUAUGAUUCAAUUAAGCGGUGACGUUGAAUUGCUAAACUUACUGUUUGAAUCUCAUCAUUUUCACGUAAAAAUUUUAAACAUUAUAAAGAUUUGUUGUGAUCAAUGGAAUACAUUAAAUUCCGAUGUAUAUGGAAAUACCGUUACCAUUGUAAUGAACUUUUUGAUUUGUUGUUUCAAGUUUCUUGAUUGUUUACCAUUCAAGACUGAAACUUGUUUAUCUUUUAUGUAUCAAACUUAUGACUGUUUGCAGAAGUUUGGUCUGGACGACGAAGCAUCCGAGUAUGGGUUUAUGGUAUUUUCCGAAUUAAUCAGAAAAAGUAAGAAUGGUGCAAGCGAGACAUACGUUAUACAUUUUCUAAACGAGAAGAAAUAUCAAAGUAUUUUCCAGAUUGUUGAAAGUCAUAAAAAUAAUGAUGCAUUGAUUGAAUCCAUACAUUCUUUUUUACUAGCUGUUUCUGAAAUAGUUGAAAUAACAAAACAGAAGAAGAAAAAGAAGAGUAUAUAUUUGGCCAAAAACUUUUAUGACGCAAUUUUCAAUUAUUUAAAAGUACGUCUUCAUGAGAGCCGUCAGGAUGUUGUCUUGUUAAACUUUUUAAAUAAAUUAGAAAAUGCUAGGUUAACUAGUUAUCAUGAGGAUAGUUUUCUAAAAGAACUUCUUAAAGAAAAACAUAACCCAGUUAAUUUACCAAAUAUCAUGCCAAACCAUAACGGUAAAGAUGAUUACAAUUGGCAUUCAUUGUUUACUUUUAUGGUUGGGUUUUCAGACAAUGCUUGCCAGCAGAAAGCUGCUUGUGAUUCGCUGCGAUCAGGAAUUGAGUGUAAUCCUAGUUUGUGUGAUUUAAUAGGUGAAGAAAGUGAUAGCCUACUCCCAAUACACAACUGUGUUAUUUUAGCACUUAAUGUUCACAAAAAAGAUGUGUACUUGUUUCAGUCAGCAUGUGGAGCUAUAUAUCAACUUUCAAUAAACUCUAAAAGAAUUCAAGAAUUAUAUGUUAAGAAAGGAGUAUAUAUGUCAAUCAUUGAUGAAAUAUUAAAUACACCUUGCGACCAUGCUAUUCAAGGAUGGGGAUUUCAUGCUCUACGAGGGUUAUCUCAUGAUCAUUUAUUACAAAAGGAACUCAUCUUUACAUGCCGUUUUUUUAAACAUAUAGAGAGUAUUUUAUCAAAAAUAAAAAAUAUCAGUGUUUUAAAGGAAUGUAUUGGACUACUUGCUUGUUUGGCACAAGACCUAGAGGUCUUUCGGAAUAAGUGCAUAGACUCUGGUAUACCUGUAGCUAUUCUUGAUAAUAUGAUUGAAAAUAUUAACAAUGAAGAAUUAGUAGAAAUAGUAUUAGAGGCAUUAGCAUAUUUCUUUCCAUAUCAAGAAGAAAUGCUUCUUAAAGUAGCUGAUAUUCAGAGUAUCCACAAUACUGUUAAGUGUCACCAAUCCAAUGAAGGUAUAAACCUAAAAGCUUGUGUGAUAGUUCAAUUAAUAGCUGUUCAUAAAAGUUUAAUUAACCAAAAAGAUGUAUUUAAUGAAGUUGUGGAGAUAAUUAAAGAUGCUAUUAAUGGGUUCUCAGAUAAUUGUAAUAUCCAAAUAGAAGGAUUGGUUGCUUUGAAUCUUCUCCUUGCUGAUUGUUCAUAUGGUAAAUACGAGGCUAUUAUUAUCAGUAAUGUUCUUGAAAUUUUAUUGAAUAUUUUUGAGAAUUCAGACUCUAUGCUGUCUUCACUUGCAAAACUUUGUUUGAGCAGUUUGACUUUUGAGCAAAAAAUCAUAAACUUAGUUUUUCAACGUGCUUGUUUUUAUGGUUUUAAGAAAUGUUUUAGGCUACUGGUUGAAUGGGGAGCAGAUUUUAACUUUAUUUCUAAUGAGGGUAAUGCUCUAUGUAUUGCUGUUAUGAACAAUCAUAUUAAAAUUGUUGAGUAUUUGCUAGCUUUAAAACCAUCUGAUAUUUCUGAAGCUCUUCAUUGUGCACUCGAAAAGAAUUUACAUGACAUUGUAGGCAUAUUGUUAUGCUAUAUUGGUUAUGAAGAAGUUAAUAGGGCUAUAACAUGGAGUGCAUUAAACAUUUCUUAUCUGAGGGAAGAGUAUUUCCUUCCCUCGAUACUACAAAGUAGAAAGAAUACAAGAUCUGAUUCUGUAUUUUUUAAUAUAGAUUUAAAGAAGGAAUCAGAGUUUUCAUUGUUGUGUAAAAAUAAAAAAAUUUUAAAAGAUAGAAAAAUUACUAGAAGCGUCAAGUUUUUAGCUGUUUCAAGACUUCCGUUCAGUGAAUUAGAUCCUCGAAAUUUAAACUAUUCAUCUGAAAAUUUUAAGUUUGAUUUUGUUAAAUAUUGUGAUGAUCAUACUAAUUUGAAAAAACCUUGUGUUAUUUCAAACUCAACUCAAGUUCAAAAGAGUACAUUAGUUCAAGGUCAAUGUGAUAUGGAUGAAUGCAUCUUAAACUUAGAUAUAUCUAACAACCAAAUAAAUGAUUUGGAAAAUUUGGCAAUUGGUAUAAAUUUGACAUUAAAUGACUUUUUUAACAAUUUGGUGAAGUUAGAUGUGAGUAAUAAUGAACUAAACGAAUUAUCAAUAGGAUUUUGUUCUUUAUUGAACUCAUUAAAGUCUUUAAGAGCUUCCAAUAAUAAUUUAAAACAACUCCCAUACAGUCUUUUAAGACUUCAAAAAAUUGUAGAACUCGAUGUUUCAGCAAAUCAUAUUUCAACUAUUGAACCAGAAAUGAUUCCCAUUACUAUAUCAAUUCAAAAACUAGACAUAAGUAACAAUCAGCUCACUAAAUUUCCUGUAUGUUUUCUGCACAAGUUUCCAUUCCUUCAACACUUGUUUUUGUCAAAAAAUAAAAUUGCAGCCUUGCUAGUAUCUGGAGAUUUUGUUUCUUUAAAAACAUUAACUUUAAGUUUUAACCAACUGACUAAAUUACUGUCUCGUUCCAUUGAAUGUUUUGUUUCUUUAGAGAAACUAGAUUUAUCUCAUAACUUUUUAAACGAUUUACCAAAUUACAAUCCUCAAACUUUGCUCCAACUUUCAAAUUUGAAUUUGUCACACAAUAGGCUUACAGCUAAAGGUCCUUUUUACCUACCCAAAUUCAUUUUAGACUUACCAUCUCUGAUUUGUCUUGAUAUCUCAAAUAAUUCCUUAACAUGUCUCCCUGAUUUGCAUUACUGGUCAUCUAAAAAAAUUAGAGUGUUAAACUUUUCUAAUAAUGAUAUAACAGAAUUACCUUUAAAGAAAUAUUCAAAAUUAUUUUGGCCAAAAAUAACAAACUUAAUUAUUUCAAACAAUAAAAUCAAAGUUUUACCACCUUAUAUUGGAGAAUUAAGUUCUUUAUGCGAACUUGAUGUUAGUAAUAACAAGCAUUUAAAAAUUCUACCAGAUGAAAUUGGUAAACUAGACAAAUUGUAUAAGUUUCCAUUAACUGGAUUGAAUUUACGCCAUGGUGCUGCUGUUUUAAAUGGAUCCCCCAGAGAUCUUGUUUUGUAUUUUCGUUCAAAGCUGGAAAAAUCAGUUCCAUACCGAUGCAUAAAGUUAAUGUUAGUAGGAUUAGCUGGACGAGGAAAAACGUCUCUUAUUUCACAGCUUUCAAAAACAGCUCACUCGCCAAACAAACUUGCUACUGUAGGCAUUGAAGUAAGAAGCUUUGUUUUAAAACCACCUGGUUUGGCUUUUAACAGAACAAGUUCAAAACGUCCAUCAUUUUCAGUGAAUGCCUGGGAUUUUGCUGGCCAAGAGGAUUUUUACAGCACACAUCGAUAUUUUCUUAGUUCUCGAGCUUUAUACUUAGCAGUUUAUAACGCAAGUAAAGGUGAAGAAGAACUGAAAAAGCUCACUCCUUGGUUAUUAAAUAUACAAAUUGUAGCUCCUAACUCCAAAGUUAUUUUAGUAGGAACACACGCUGAUUUGUGUACACAAGAAAGUUUGCAAUCUCUAAAUGCAUUUACUAAAUAUUUUUUGCAUAGUUCUGGAUUUCCAACGUUUCAUGCAACUUCGAUUGUUGACUGCACAAAAGAAAAUAAUACAGUUGUACUUCUCAGAAAAGAAAUCUAUAAAUGUAUAAGCAAGUUUAUGUUUGAGGGAAAACCUAUUUUAGAAAAGAUAGUUCCUCAAAGCUAUGUUAAACUUGAAAACUUUAUAUUUGACAAGGCUAAAACAAUGCACAACUCUGGGGAACUCCCUAUAUUCAAAAAAAAUCAUUUGCACCAGCAUUCAAUUGAUCAUGGAUUACAACUAGAAACUGAUGAAUUCAACAGAGCCUUGAUGUUUCUGACUGAAACAGGGUCAAUACUAAACUUUAAAGAUCCAGUUUAUGAUUUAAAGAACUAUAUUUUUAUUGAUCCUCAAUGGUUUUGUCAAAUGAUGGCUCGUAUUGUCACUGUUAAGGAAAUUAAUCCUUAUAUUACACAAAGGGGCAUCUUAUCAAAGUCUGAUGCAUUCAAACUUUUUCCAGAACCCUGUUUUAAUCAAAAUUUUCUUGAACUAUUUUUCCGGUUGUUGCAGCGAUUCGAAGUUUUGUUACCAAUAUCAGAAGACAAGUAUUUAGUGACAUCAAAAUUACAAAGUUUUUCUCCACAACAUCUGAGAGCAGCUAAAUUAGGUUAUUUUGAAGAUCCAAAUAUUAUAACCAGAAGAUAUGAUUUCCCACAUAUUCCUAUUGGAUUUUGGCCACGAUUAGUUGCACGUAUCCUCUCAUUUCCUGAGCUUACUCGAGGUGUACGGCUAGAGAAACUAAGCCUAGAGAUAGAUUAUUGGCAUAAUGGUGUUUUUCUGAAUUGCCUACAAUCAUUUUGCCUGGUUACAGGUGAUGACAAAAAUUUAAACAUCUUGGAUGUUCAAAGCCAAAGAUCUUUUGCAGGUUAUCAACUUUUUGUAGGUGUAAUUGAUCUGAUUGAUGGCUUAGUUGAUGAAUGGUAUCCUGGACUUACGGAUAUCUCUCAGGAAAGAAUCGUAAAACAACUUGUUCCUUGCCACAAUUGCAAAAUUAAUGAAAAACGAUUUACUUUUGAUUUGAAUGUUUGCAUAGCCUCUUCAUACAAAGCAGAUAGUAUUAUAUGCCCUGAAUGCGAUCAGUUUUCUGAUAUUGGUUUUAUUGCACCAGAUGCUGUAUUCGCUGAUUUGGGUGAUCUUGUUAUUUCAGAUUGGGACAAUAAAUUUUUGGAUAAAAAAUAUAAACUUGGAACUGGUGCCUUUGCAUCAGUAUAUAAAGUGAAGAUCAAUGGAACUUAUUUUGCUGCAAAGGUAUUUAAUGAGUCUUCUGGAAACUGUCCAAAUCGCAUGUUGCGACAAGAAGUUGAUAUUUUAAAGCGUCUUCAUCAUCCCUGUCUUAUUUCAUUUUUUGGAGUGAGUCUGCGUCCUCGGGCUCUUCUACUAGAAUAUAGUCCUUUAGGGAACUUAGCAGAUUUUAUAGCAUCACAAAAGAUUUCAAAAAACAAAAGUUUAAAACAUAAAAUAGCUUUGCAGAUAGCAGAAGGUCUGGCUUUUAUUCACAAACAUAACAUUGUAUAUCGAGAUUUGAAACCAAGCAAUAUUCUUGUGUUUUCAUAUUCAUUAAGUGUACCUGUUAAUGUUAAACUCUCUGAUUAUGGCAUAUCUCAACAUAGAACAUAUCAGGGUUUAAUUGCUAAUAGAGGAACACCUACAUAUCAAGCUCCUGAAGUUGGAUGUGAAGGUAGUGAGUAUAGCAUUGAGGUUGACAUUUUAUCCUAUGGUGUUACAAUAUAUGAGCUUAUUUCUAAUGGUCAAAAACCAUUCAGAGAUUUAAAUUAUCAGAAUGAGUUUGAAGAUGCUGUUUUAAAUGACAAGCCUAUUGACUCUUUAAUUUCUCAUGGUGUUGCGCCUUGGCCUGAUAUUGAAGAUCUUAUAAAGAAUUGUCUUCGAAAAAAUCCAGAGGAGAGACCAAAAGCUGAAACCAUUGUGAAUGCACUUAUAAAUAUUGAUCUUUUGUGUUUAAAGAAACAUGUUACAGUUUGCAAAGGACAAUAUGUUGAUUGUCUUACAAUCUGUACUUAUUUUGAUUCAAAAGUUGAACAUAAUGAGGUUUGGGCUGCUAGUGGUGGAUGUGGAUUGAACAGCCAGUUGUCAUGGUUUUCUAUUAUGCAGGCAAAAAAACAAGAAGUGCAAGGUACAAUGACAAAAAUUGGACGAAUUCUUUGUAUAAUGUCAUAUAUGCAUUUUAUUAUUGUUGGAACGAAGGAACGUCGUGUAGCUUUAUAUGACGCGAAGGCAAAGUGUUUUAAACAUAAGUUAGCGCAAUUCUCUGAUUCUAUAUUGUGCAUAUUACAUACUCAUGGUUUUGAUUUGUUUUUAUUUGGACUAGCAGAUGGGAAUAUUGCAGUACUUACUUCUAUUGGUAUUUUAAAACCAGACGGAAGUCCUCGAUACAUAUCUCUAAACGAUGGAAUAAGUCAAAAUCCAAUUAUCUGCAUUACUCAAAGUCAAGACCAGCUUAUAUGUGGCUAUGGUAAAGAUAUUAAAGUAAUUAAUUCUUCUUCUUUUGAUUUGUUGCAAACAGUUUCUGUUACAGAGCGAAAUGUAAACGCUGUGUCUUCUAUAAUUAUUUCUCAGAAUCGCUUAAUUGUAAGUUCAAAAAAAAGUUGCAGACUUAAUGUUUUUAAAUAUACAGAUAAUAGAGUUGAUGAAUCUGUUUUGUUUGCAUUUGAUUGUUCGGAGUUUUUAAAAAAGGUUUAUCCUAAUAUUAUCGAAAGCGAUUGUCGCGUAGUUACCUUAGAGUUAGUGGACAAUUCGUCCUUAUGGAUUGGUUGCGGUGGAGGUCAUGUAAUUAUUGUUAACGUUUUAAAGUCCUUAUUUCAAACUGCUACUAUUAUAUCGAGACACUUGGGUGCUGUACGCUCAAUCAUUUCGACACCAAAAAUUAGCGGAGAAUCAGUGUCUGUAAUAACAGGUGGUCAAGGGUUUCGACCACUAUUAGCUAAUAACAAUGAUGUUGAAGAAUUUGGUUUUGUUUUAAUAUGGGACGCCGACAUUUUAAAAUUAAAAAAGCAUUUAAUGGCACAGAGAAAAAAUCGCGAUGAAUUGCUUACUAAACUCUCAGUUAAAACAGAAAAGUUUGCCUUUCCCUUACUGUGAUCGUUUUUUAAUUAAAAAUUGUUUUUAAAUUUGUUGCGUUAAAAACAAGUUUCUCUGCAGUUUAUAUGUAAAUAUAGUAAUAAAAUAUUGUAAAUAAAAAUGUGUAAAUAAGUUGUAAUAUGUUUAUUAAUUUUUAGGAGCAUCUUUAAGGACAGAGGCUCUGGUUGAGAGUUUACAAAAUCUAUUUGUGAAUAGUGAAUACACUGUUGAAAAUCUUGAACAUAAAAAAGUCGUUUAUUCAAUUUUUAUUUAGAAUUGUUUAUUUAUAGACUAUGAAUUAUUUAUUUAUGUUUUUAUGAAAACACAGUAACGAUAAAUAUAAGGAAAAUUACUGAAAUAAAUUCCAAAAUUUAUUUA